AUGAAUCAAGAAGUUUAUCGAGCAUCAAGGUGCUUUGAUCUUGUUUCAGCGCGAAAAAACUGUGAAGAAAUCGAACUUGAGCUUGGAGAUUGCAGUUCUGUUCAGAUUGAUCCAAAAUCUUACAAACAAAUUUUUAAAUUUAAUUAUGAAUCAUUAGUUUACUCAAUUCAUGACAACACAGUUGUUGUUGCUGAUUUGCGAUCAGGAAAAUCCAGAUGUUUUAAAUUUAAUCAACAAAUUUUACCUUAUCUUGAACCAACAACAGCAAAAUUUCAUAAAUUAACAGAUGCAUAUUUAAUAACGAACACAGGACUUUUGUUUGCUCUUGGAAUGGAAGGUGUUUCCGCUACAAUGAAACUCCCAUUCAUUCCAACAGCGUUUUGCCAAGCGAAUGAUAGAUUUUACCUAGGCAAGAAUACAGGAGAAAUAUACUGCAUCGAGAAUGGCGAGGUUUUAUUCAUCGCAAACAAACAAACAUCGUUCAUCAAAUCAAUAAUAAACAAAAUUCACCCAUCAAACUCGAUUCUUUCGAUGGAAUCAUUCGAUAACAGCAUAUACGCUCUCACAAAGGACUCGAAAAUCUAUACAAUCCAUUCAGAAAGCGGAAAAAUAAUCGAGACAAAUUCAUUAUGGAACAAACCAUGCAUUUCUGGUACUAUUAAAGUGUUCUUUGACUCAAUAGUGAUGAUAUUACGCAAUGAAACAUCAUCAAUUUUGAAAGUUUUGAAGAAAUCUCAUCAAGAUUUUUCAAUUGUCUUCGAAACAGAGUUCCACAACAUCCUUGAUGCUACAAUAGGUAAGGACUACAUCACAGUCAUACAAGGAGACGCUCCAGAUGUCUCUAUCUGUAAAUACAACCUCGAAACAGGAAAAUUCGUGGCUUCUGAGUGGUCGCCGUUAGACGAUUACGAUCUUUACAUAAAAUACCAAUUCCCGACCUUAGAAAAAUUUUCAAAAAUUGACAUCGACGAAAAAAAUAUGAUUUCGCCAAAAUCAUGCGCUAUAGAUAACAACAACUUCACUUACAUAUCAUCAAACUCAUAUAUUUACAUUCUCAGACCUUUCUUUGAAAUCGAAAAUAUUUUAUUAUUUAUGAAAGAGGAACCAGAGCUAAAUUCACUCGAAGGAGUCACUACAGCAAUGCUUAGACUCGUUCCGAAGCAAAUAUGGAACGAAAUCGAUGCAGAAUUGAAGAGUGGAUCUGAUCCAUCGAAAAUCUUCCAAAAAAUCGUAGCAAAUCUCGAUAUCAAUGCUCCCAAACAGAUCUCUGAGUCCAAAUACCUACAAAGAUUAGACGAAAUCAUCAAUUUGAUCCAUAUUCCAGCACCAAAUGAAGAAUUUCUCAAAGGAACGGAUUACAGUGUAUUCUGGGCAUCAGCAGUAUCACAAAUAGCACGUGCAGUUGCUUUUUAUUCCAAAUGCAUCUAUUUAACGACACUUUUCCUCGAAUCAAAGUUAAAUUUCAACGUUGGAACACGAUUGAACAGUCUUUCGACCAUUGUAGAGUCAUUCACGAAGCUUUCAGUUAUCAUAGAAGGCAACAACUUGUUCCAACUCCGUAUUUUCGAACCAUUAGAUUAUCAUGAGAACAAUUUCAACGAAGACUUAUCCAGACAGAUACGCCAAUUGCUACAUCCAACCAAUGUAGCUCAGGCACUCCUCGAAAAAGGCCUUGCUUCCACUGUAAUUUCGUAUUUACAUUUAUUCAAUGGUCAUUUCAUCGAAUACGGACUUGCUCUUGUCCAAUUGAAGCGAUUCCCAGCUGCUGUUGCCUAUUUCGCUGACCAUAGAGACGAAUUCGACUUUACUUUGAUUUAUAGAUCGACCAUUCUUGAAAUUUCCAAGUAUGAUGACACUUCUGCGAUCAAAUUCGGUGAGUUGAUCAUCAAUAUCGACAGACCAUUCAUUUCUUCUGUCAUUUUCAUGUUGUAUUGUAAAAAUGGAAUGACAGAUAAGGCUUUAGACAUCGCUUUGAGCCUUCCUGAAGACAGGGAUGAAAAGAUGGACAUGAUUAGAAUGGCGAUUUCCCAGAGUGUUACUAACAACGACCUCAAGAAACUCACGAAAACUGAUUUCGGAAAACUUUACAAUGAAAUUGGCAAAGAAAUGUCAGUUUUAUCGUAUAAGACACUUCCAGCUGCAGCAAUGCUUUACCAAUCCCAUGGAGAUUUUUCAGAGGCAGCUUCGAUUCUUUACAGACAUGGCCGAGAGUUAUUAAGAAUGAAUUCUCUCUCGGCGAUGAAAGAAGCGAUGACUAGCCUCUCGAUGGCAUCAUCUAUCAUGGAAAUGAACAAAGAUAUCGCUGUAAGAGAUGUUUUCGCAAAUCAAUUAUUAUCAUCUCAAAAAAUUCAUCGAAUUGUUGAGAGAUUGAGGGUCGUAUUGAGACAUCCUGAACCACUUGAGUGCCAGAAGAUGUCAAAUCUUGAUAUUCUUCGUUUUGCGAAGAAAGAUGAUUUCGAAUCUUUCUUAAAAUUCGCAAAAAGUGGUGUUCCGACAUUUGGAGAUGUCGCAGUUAUUGCCAAAGAGAUCGCUUUGAACAAUGAAGACUCUUUAUUGAUGAAAUUAUUGCAAAUAGAUAAUUCUGAAUGGCAUUUUUCACUACAUACAGCUGUUUUGACAUCUUUUAUAUCUGCAAAGAUCGAACCACCACAAUGGUUCAUGGAACAGAUCAUAAAAGUUGCAAAAACACAAUUUGUUGUUGUAUGCGCUGAAAAUAAUGCAAAUGAUGUACUUGAUAAGGGAAUACAGUUGAUGAUUGAACAGAAAUGUGUCCUCCCGCCUCCUUUCAAUGCUUUGUUAUCGCAAAUUGGAGUGAGAAAAGAUUUUAUAGAGAAAAUUGUUGAUAGUAUUUAA